AUGCGACUUCUUCAUACCGAUCACUCCCGGUCAGGUUUCGUUUUUUCUCGGCAUAUUUCUGGUGAUUUCAACUUGGAUCUACGCGGAAUAGAGGGCGUUAGGACAAUGAGGGUAGGUGAUGUAAAAAAUAAAAUAGAAACUGUUCAAGGAGCAGAAAUUUAUUUUGCUGCACAAGAAAUGCUUAUCCAUAAGGAUAAAGUUCUUAAAGAUGAGACGACUCUGUCAGAGAAUAGUGUUGCUGAAAAUAGAUUUAUAGUGAUCAUGUUGGCAAAGGUGUUUGUAAGUUCUUAUCUAAUGCUUCCUAACCUUGCUGGCCAGUUAUGUUUGCUUUUGCAUGCUCCAAAAUGUCAAUUUGCUGCUAAACAAGAAACAAUACUUCUUGACUCCCACACAAUUGUACCACCAGUGGCUCCAACACCAGCUUCUACUGCUCCAGCUGCAACUCCAGCUAUGGCUACAACUGCACCUGUUGCUGAAUCUAGUCCUGUUACAUCAACUACUAUAACGCGUACAACCCAACAAGCAAAAACAGAAGAAAACUCUUGUUGGUUACAGUGA